AACAAGGUUCCUCACACUGAGCACAAGGUUCUUCAAUCUGACGUCAAGGUUCUUCACUAUGAGGACAAGGUUGUUCACUCUGAGGGCAAGGAUCUUCACGCUGAGGACAAGGUUUUUCACCUUGAGGACAAGGUUCUUAACACUGGGGACAAGGUUCUUCACUCCGAGGACAAGGUUCUUCACUCCGAGGACAAGGUUCUUCACUCUGAGAACAAGGUUCCUCACACUGAGCACAAGGUUCUUCAAUCUGACGUCAAGGUUCUUCACUAUGAGGACAAGGUUGUUCACUCUGAGGGCAAGGUUCUUAACGCUGAGGACAAGGUUCUUCACCCUGAGGACAACGUUCUUAACACUGAGGACAAGGUUAUUCACUCUGAGGACAAGGUUGUUCACUCCGAGGACAAAGUUCUUCAUUCUGAGGACAAGGUUCCUCACACUGAGGACAAGGUUCUUAAAUCUGAGGACAAGGUUCCUCACACUGUGGACAAGGUUCCUCACUUUGAGGACAAGGUUCUUCACUCUGAGGACAAGGUUCUUCACUCUGAGGACAAGGUUCUUCACUAUGAGGGCAAGGUUCUUCACUAUGAGGGCAAGGUUCUUCACUCUGAGUACAAGGUUCUUCACUAUGAGGACAAGGUUCUUCACUCUGAGGACAAGGUUCUUCACUCUGAGGACAAGGUUCUUUAAUCUGAGGACAAGGUUCUUCACCCUGAGGACAAGGUUCUUAACACUGAGGACAAGGUUAUUCACACUGAGGACGAGGUUCUUCACUCCGAGGACAAGGUUCUUCUCCCUGAGGACAAGUUUCCUCAGAAUGUGGACAAGGUCCUCACUUUGAGGACAAGGUUAUUUAAACUCUCAGGACAGGAUCCUUCACUCUGGGGAGAAGGAUCUUCACUCUGAGGACAAGGUUCUUCAGGCUGAGGACAAGGUUCCUCACACUGUGGGCAAGGUUCCUCACUUUGAGGACAAGGUUCUUUUCUCUGAGGACAAGGUUCUUCACUCUGAAAAAAAAGGUUCUUCACUCUGAGGACAAGGUUCUUCACUCUGAGGACAAGGUUCUUCACUCUGCUGACAAGGUUCUUCACUCUGAGGGCAAGGUUCUUCACGCUGCGGACAAGGUUUUUCACCUUGAGGACAAGGUUCUUAACACUGGGGACAAGGUUCUUCACUCCGAGGACAAGGUUCUUCACUCCGAGGACAAGGCUCUUCACUCUGAGAACAAGGUUCCUCACACUGAGCACAAGGUUCUUCAAUCUGACGACAAGGUUCUUCACUAUGAGGACAAGGUUGUUCACUCUGAGGGCAAGGUUCUUCACGCUGAGGACAAGGUUCUUCACUCUGAGGACAAGGUUCUUCACUAUGAGGACAAGGUUCUUCACUCUGAGGGCAAGGUUCUACACGCUGAGGACGAGGUUCUUCUCUCUGAGAACAAAGGUUGCUCACUCUGA